UGGGAAUGUUGUUUUAUCAAGCAACGACCAACUACAGGAUCAGGCAAACCUGAGUGUGAGUUUUGACAGGAGUUUCUGUCUUCUUUUUAUUCACAUCCAGCGUAUUUCUCAGAGGAAACAUUCAUUUUAUUCCGUGUAAUCCUUUUUGGUGGAAAGGUUUAAGAUUAUGGCUCUCCGAUGUUUAUUAUUAAGCUUCAUCUUGUCUUCAGUGCUAAUUGUAAGCGUGAAUUCUUCAGACAAUCUUCAUGUCCCUGUUGGUCAUUUGAGGCCUUUAGGUUCUCACAGACCACCAGAAACCAACUUAGUGGACGAUUUACAGGAAAUGCCAUCUCCUCAAGAGUUUUGGACUAAAUAUGUUCGACCCUCUAAGGCUGUCGUGCUCCGAGGAGCCGCAAAAUACGGAAGAGCAUUUACUCAAUGGACUGAUGAAUAUUUGAAAGAAAAGUUUGCAGAUUUGGAGGUUCGCCUAGAAGCAAAGAAAGAAAAGAGCUCCAAAGUACCGAUUGGUGCGAAAGGAGUUGGAAGAGAUACGAUUGGAAACUUCAUCAGCCAUUACCAUGAAGAAAACAACAAUCUCUAUGUAGUCUCAGAGUUGCCCACCCCAAUGUGGCCAGAUGUGACAGUCAUUCCCCCCCUGACAUGUGGCCUUCUGAAGGACAGACUGGUUGAAGUAGACUUAUGGAUGAGCGGUGGAGGUACUAAAAGUAUACUUCACAAAGAUGCUUACAAUGCGAUCAACUGUUUGUACAAUGGCACAAAGGAAUGGAAAAUGAUUGAGUACAAGUAUGAAGAUAAAAUAUACAAGGCAUGGGAGCCUCCACAAAUGGUCGGGGGAUUCUCACGCAUUAACGUGCUAAAAGUUGACUUGUUGAAGUAUCCCAAGGUUGCUGAAGUCCCAUGGUCAUUUGUCACAGUAAAUGCUGGAGACUGUCUCUUCUUGCCCAAAAGUAAGUCCGUGGGGUUGUAUAGUUAUGUUGAAGGUGUGAAAGAGAAUGCUUUAUUGAUGUUUGACUGGCUUGGCGGCAACGAAAAAGGAUUUAUAACUAAAGAUGAUGUCAGGAAUUUAAGUCGUGAUAAAAUGAGGGCACUUGUUCUCGAGUUUGAAGGAACAGAUGUUAGUAACACUGAAGAGGCAGAAUAUGGGGUCAUUGAUGUGUCACAAGUCAGGGAUGUACUUAAUGAGCUACUGGCUGUUGACGGGCAUGUGGUUAAGGACAAGUUUAUCAAUGCUUAUGUUGAGGUGAUUCAAGGAACAAAAGCCACCGCAGAGAUUAUUUUUGAUAAACUACGCGACGAAACCAACACUUCAGACCAGGUUACAAAGAAAGAAGUACAGAGAAAUCUUCGUCGUGCCAUACAGCGGUUUAUAGACUGGGCAAAAGAGCCAGAUAUUCCCCCAGGCAUGGACAGUCCAGAACCGAAUGACGCUUAUAUGGACGAUAAUGAUGAUGAGCUGGAGGUGACUAGAGAAACAAUACAGGAGGAGGGAAGGCAUCAAGAGCUGUAGAUUGACGGCUGAAUGAAAUAUUCCGUAGUUUAGACGAGAUGUAAAGAAAAUUAAGUUACCAAGCUGGAACAAGUUGUUUAGUGAUAAAUGACUUCUUGAGUAUUAUUGUAUUAGGCGCUGCAAAUUGUAAAUAAAUUAAAUUAAAACACAUUGAAAAUGAAGUAGAAUAUUGUUAAGAAUCUCAAGUGCUGGGAGGGUAGUCCAGUUGGCUAGUGACAGGGAAGUCGGGCCUACUGACAAAAAAAUCCAUACAGUGGCAGGAUGGAGGAGUGAAGUCAUGGGCCUGCAGAUUGCAGUUAAUUUAGCAAUAGCGCACUUUUUCCGUCAUCACAAAGCCUCAUUUAAACACGAAGGGGGUUUGGAAAAUCCCAAACGACUCUCCCCCACC